UGGUCGACUGUAAGGGGGAGACGUUCGCCAGGCACAAUGAGCGACAGGUACCACAAGGCGGCCCGGGACGGGUACUUGGACUUACUGAAGGAGGCGACACGGAAGGACCUGAACGCUCCCGACGAGGAUGGCAUGACACCUACGCUAUGGGCCGCUUACCACGGAAACCUAGAGGCUCUGCGUCUUAUAGUGGGCAGGGGGGGUGACCCGGACAAGUGCGACAUCUGGGGGAAUACCCCACUCCACCUGGCUGCAGCCAAUGGGCACCUUAACUGCCUCUCCUUCCUGGUGUCAUUCGGUGCCAAUGUGUGGUGCUUGGACAAUGACUACCACACGCCUUUGGACAUGGCGGCCAUGAAGAGCCACAUGGACUGCGUGCGCUACUUAGAUUCCAUCGCUGCCAAGCAGACGGCACUCAACCCCAAGCUGGUGAGCAAGCUGAAAGAUCGGGCCUUCCGUGAGGCCGAGCGCCGCAUCAAGGAGUGUGUGAAGAUGCAGAGGAAACACCACCGGCGCAUGGAGCGCAGGUUCCUCAAGGGCGAGUCGGAGGCCUCCAUCUCGGACGCCAUGAGUUUCUCCAGCUAUGCCAGCAGCACUCUGAGCCGCAAACUACAGCAGCUGGGCACCUCUGCCAACAGUGUGCCAUACUCCCAGGCCACCCUCCAUGCGACAACCAGAGGCAAAAUUAAGAUCCAGAAGAAGUUGCAGAAGAAGAAACAAGGGGACGGAACCUUCAAGAUCUACGAAGAUGGACGCAAGAGUGUGCGCUCGCUAUCGGGCCUGCAGCUGGGGAACGAUGUCAUGUUUGUGAAGCAGGGCACCUAUGCAGGCCCCAAAGACCGCCUGAGGCGCAACGUCCGCGACAUGUUCCCUAGCAAUGACGAUGCCAUCUCCCGUGCCAUCAGCGAGCCAGGCCUUCAUGCUGUGGAUGCCGCCUACUCGGAGGUCAGUGCAGAUUCUGGUCGCGACUCACUCUUCAACCGGCCCGGCCUGGGAACUAUGGUUUUUCGACGGAAUUAUGUGAGCGGCGGCCUGUUCGACAUUGGCUCCCGGGAUGAGGGCAGUGUGGCGCGACGGGGAGCUGAUGUGCACCUGCGCAGCCGACUGCUCCGCUCACCGAGCCUGGACGACAGCAUCGGCAGCGCCGGCAGCCUGCAAGAGCGCAACCUGCAGGAGCUACCCUGGGAAGAGAUGGAGCUUGGCCUGGAUGACGAUGAGCCAGAGACCACACCCUUGGAGGUCUUCUUGGCCUCGCUGACCAUGAAUGAGUUUAUCCCAGUGUUCCGUAGGGAAAAGAUCGACCUGGAGGCACUACUGCUUUGCUCCGACCAUGACCUCAAGAGCAUCCACAUCCCCCUCGGGCCCCGCAAGAAGAUCCUGGAUGGCUGCAAGCGACGUGCAGAGACUAUAGAGGACCCCGACGUGAUGGAGGACACUGAGCUGUGAGUAGAGCCUCUGCGCUGCGGUGCUUCAGGGGUAGAUGGGGUUUUUUAACCACUUUCUUGAACAAGUUCUAUUGGUGUUGGUUAUGGAAAUAUCAUAGCCAGCAUCCUAUUGUCAGUGGCUAUGCUAACAGCAAGUGGAAUACCAAAUUUUAACUGAAAUUGUUGGUAUAGUGAGUGUGCCCUGCGAUGGGCUGGCCCCCCGUCCUAGGUUGUUCCCUGCCUCGUGCCCAUAGCUUCUAGGAUAGGCUCCGGACCCAGAAGGAUAAGCGGUUUGGAGGACGGAUGGAUGGAUGGAUGUUGGUGUAGUGAAUAUCAGGGCUGCCAUGCCUACAGAGGGAUUGCAUAGACUGUAAUCUUGGAGCAGAGGCACCUAACUGCUCACUCCGGCCCCAUUGUGAUGUCACAGUCUUCCCAUCAACCGUACCAGAGGAUCAUUUCUUAUUCUUGCCUAAUGCCAAAGAUGUGCCCGUUGACAUCUAACCCCCACCCUGUAUCCCCAGCUACCCCUCGGCCCUGGUUUGGUAUGUCACAGGAAUACGAGUGCACAGGUUUUACUGAAUGAAUGAAAAUGAAAAACGCUGUCUGGAUUACAGCAUGGGAUACAUGAAUAAAUGCAAUUCAAACCAAAGAGACAAUGCUGUCACCAGUGGGUAGGGAGGUUUUCAUGAGAAAUAUCAGGUGCGUUUAAUAUGAGCCCCUUACAUUGUUGGGUAGAGAUACCUGGUGGAUGGGAGGGACAGAUACAGUGCAUCUGACUAGAUGUCCUCUGGGGUUUAAGGUUCUGGGUCCCAAGAGAAAGAUUAACUGUCGUAGUGUCAAAGGUACUUAAGGUCGCCGCAUUCCUGGUGUAAAUGUUAUUGAAUUACUUUAGUAAAAUAUUGCAGGAUAUAUAGACAUAUAAAGGUGCAGUUUGUCUUGGUAAAGGCUGUCUUCUAAGCAACCAGACAAUAAAUGGCUGAUGGUAAUCUUGAUAUAAAUCGGAUUUUCCACUGAGAUGAUUGCGCUGUUUGAGUUUCAGAUAAACUCCGGAUCGUUGUGGCGAAAUCGCACGAUUUGGCCGUAUGGGAGGAGCACCGCUGCCAAGGGUGAGGCCAGCAGCUGCAGUGCGUCUCGCUCGUGCUGGCGCCUGUCCAGCCAGCGGACAGAAGGGUUUGGGGCGCUGGAGGAAUGUGGCGAGCCGGAUUGAAGCGUGACGCCCCGGACUAUGCCAGUUGGACUGAAGAAGCACAUCAUGGAGAUGGGGGGGGGGCAUUCUUCUCACCACUGCAUGAAUAUCGCCUCAGUAUAUUAGCCCCUGUGGGGUAUGGAUACAAUCCUCAUUGUGCCUGUGUUUCAGGAAGCAUCUAGCACUGGGUAUUUCAGUGCGUUUGUAGAUUUAUGUAAAUGUAAACCUUUUAUUUUCGCAAUUUCAUUUAUCCACCAAGCUGCCUGACCAGAUGUGUGAUGUGUCGGCUGUGUUGCUACAAGAUGUUUACAGACAUUGACCUCAAGUCAAACCUCCGUGGUACAGUGUCACUUUGGGGAUGGUGGCUGGCUCAUCAACUCCUGUCACUGUCAGUUCACAGAGGUGUCAUUAAGGGGUAUGGAUUCCUGGAAUGACAUUAACCCUUUUCUUACACGGAUAAUCCCGCCAAACCCCAUUUAGACCAUUUUGCUGGCAUCAUCGCACUAAAGGCCAAGGUUUGCAGUUCAUGACCAUAGUUUACAUGUUGUCCUGGUGCAGUGCUUGAGAAAACGCAGUGAAUCCUUUGCUGUAACUUUCACGAAAAAAUGAAAGUUGUGAGAUCGGAUGGAUCAAGUCCCAUUUUACAGGGGCCUGGCUGAGAUGCCUUGUGUUUUAUAAAGAUUUUAUUAAAAACCUUCCCAUGGACAGUCCCUGCAAGAGUGACAUUCUGCCUCAUGUCCUGCCUGUGCUUCACCAUAACAUGUUUCUGAGCGUCUUCUCGCCGUGUGUAUGAGCUUCCGUCCUGGGUCAUUUCCUCUCGGCUCCUCUUGUGUCAGGAUUGUUGUCAGGAUUGUUUAAAAUGGCUUCAGAAUGCAGGAAAUGUAAUCCCUUUGCUACAUUCAGGGACACCUAUAAAGCUCUAUACCUCCCCCUGCUGUAGGUUAUUGAACAAUGUAGGCAGUUUGAUAUACUGUUUCCCGUGUAGUUCGGCAUUGUGUAAACCCUUCUUACAACCAGUGUCUUUUUGUAAUAUAUAUUUACGGUGAUCAUUUAGAAGGUCAACCUGAUAUAUCUUUUGUUUUAUAAUGAAGACUAUCCUUAAUGGGGAGACUUUAUUAAAGAUGUCACAUUUAUCGAUCCAA